ACGCGACUGCUCCGGGCGGCGAUGGCGGCGGACGGGGACUGGCAGGAUUUCUAUGAGUUCCAGGAGCCGGCCCGGAGCCUCCUGGACCAGGAGAACUGUAACGCGAGCCCCGAGCCCGGGGCGGGGGCGGGGGCGGGGGCGGGGGCGGGGGCCGGGGAGGGUGGGGGCGCCGACGGUUUCCCGGCCCUGGCCUGCAGCUUGGAGGAGAAGCUGAGCCUGUGCUUCCGCCCCUCGGAUCCGGGCGCCGAGCCCCCGAGGGCAACCGUGCGGCCCAUCACGGAGCGCAGCCUCCUGCAGGGGGACGAGAUUUGGAAUGCCCUGACAGAUAAUUAUGGGAAUGUGAUGCCUGUAGACUGGAAGUCAUCGCAUACUAGGACCUUGCACUUGCUUACUCUGAACCUCUCAGAAAAAGGGGUAAGUGACAGUUUGCUCUUUGAUACGUCAGAUGAUGAAGAGCUGAGAGAACAGCUGGAUAUGCACUCAAUCAUCGUCUCCUGUGUUAAUGAUGAACCCCUCUUCACGGCAGACCAGGUUAUUGAAGAAAUUGAAGAAAUGAUGCAGGAAUCACCGGACCCAGAAGAUGAUGAAACCCCUACACAGUCAGAUCGGCUUUCAAUGCUUUCCCAGGAAAUUCAAACUCUUAAGAGGUCUAGUACCGGCAGUUAUGAAGAGAGAGUGAAAAGGCUGUCAGUGUCUGAGUUAAAUGAAAUCCUGGAAGAAAUUGAGACUGCCAUUAAGGAGUACUCUGAGGAGCUGGUGCAGCAGUUGGCUUUACGAGAUGAACUGGAGUUUGAAAAGGAAGUGAAAAACAGCUUUAUUUCUGUUCUUAUUGAAGUGCAAAACAAACAGAAAGAGCACAAAGAAACAGCAAAAAAGAAAAAGAAACUAAAAAAUGGCAGCUCUCAGAAUGGGAAGAAUGAGAGAAGUCAUAUGCCCGGCACAAACCUUCUGAUUUCCUUGUUCUGUAAUUUUCCAACGGAUCAAGAGGCGAUUGAACUGUACAUGCUGCACAUCGCUUUCCUGGUUCAUUGCCAGUGAAAGAGCUGGGGACAGUAGGGUCUUGUCAGCUGCAGCCACUGACUCAGCAGCCAUCAGCAGCAAGGACAGAGGUUCUGCUGCAUUCCUUACUUUACCUUCUUUCACUGGCAUCAGCUGUUAGUUUUGUUUUUCCAGGUUACCUUGGCUUCCCGUGGUUGCAUUUUCACUAAUUUCCGCUAAGCCUAGAAUUCUGGUGGCACAAAAGCCAUCUUUCACAAGUAGUCAGGUUAUCAGUAGUUGAGAUGGCUCAGUAAUGUCUGCAAACCACACAUUUAAUAAAGAAAACCUAAAUUACAUCUGCAUCUUACAAAAUUGAAACUGCAUCAACUUUUGUUUUUUCUAGUGACAGGAAUUGGCUUUCUGAUUGCGAAAAUAAAGCUAGUGUUUUUGGAAUGUACUUUCCAAAUAGAAAGUGUGUCUUAGUUUCCCGAUAUGUGGAUUCUGAAACUUUUUAUCUUGCUUUAGAUUUUAUGAAUUUGUAUCUAGCUUAAACAUGCCCAUAGAUAAUGGAGCCAGGUAAUAUAGACUAAGUACUUAAAAACAAGUACUUUUCUCUUUGUCACAUUUGAAAGAAAAUAUAUUUUAUGAAAAUAAUUUAAAAAAUAAACUGACUUGGUUAUUUGAAAAUAGUUUCUCAUCAUCGUUAUUAUAUACUCUGAAGCCUAAGAUGUUAUCUCAUUUGAUAACCUAUUUAAAAAAUAUGAAUGAAUUAUGAUAGCAUUGGAAAAAUUUACAGAAAUAGUUUUCUAUAGGUUUUUGUUUUAUAACUAGUCUCCUCCAUCAAAGCUAAUAGUUAUGCUUUCAGUGAACUGAAGAGUAGUCAGCAAAGUAUCUUGACUAGACGUUUGAUUCUUGCUGAAGUAAAACUGGCUUGCAAAUCUGGGAAAGGCUAGGUAGGGAAGAUGGAUGGUUUAGGAGGAGAGGCACAUUUGUACAGUCUCCUGUAAGGUAGUAAAAUUUGGAGCUCAGAUUUUCAGUAACUCCAUAGAGUUACAUGACUGAUACAGAAGCACAUAGCUCCCUCGAUUCAGCCUGUUGGCAUUUCUUAGCUUUUUGUUAUCAAGACUUCUUUACACUCUUCAAAUUUAUCGAGGACCCCAAGAAACUUAAUAUUUGCUAUGUUACAAAUUAAAAGUGAUAAAAUUAAAAAUAUAAAUUCAUGAAAAAUACCAAAAAUAAAUUCAUUAUAAAGAGCAUAUAUUUAUGAAAAAUAAUAUUUUACAAAAUCAUGAAAAAAUAUCAUUGCUGUGCAUUUUUGUCAAUCUCAUUCACAUCUGGCUUGAUUAAAGACAGCUAGAUUCACAAAUGUGCUUCUGCAUUCAGUCUGUCAUUUGGAAUAUUUCACUGUAAGUCACGAGAGAAUGAGAGUGAAAAAGACAACUUAUAUUUUAGUAGUAUUAAGAAAACAUUUUUGAACUCCUGAACUCCUGAGAGGAUUUCAGGGACCUCUUGGCAGGAGUUGGGUGGGAGGGGGUCCCUGGACUACACUUUGAGAACCACUGGAUGAAACUAUAUGUAUUUCUUGAUGACCAUUUCCUUGGUUUCCUUUCUGCUGUCCCUUGGGGCCUGGUAAAAUAUUCUUUAUGUUGACUCCUCAAAUGUGUUUACUGAUUUAGAUUUCCUCUAUAAAAUUCCAGGGGAAGGAACCAUCCAGUGAAUCAGGCCUUCACUUCCUUUUCACGAUGCCUUUCCCCUUAAUUAGUCAUGGUGUAAGAAUCCAUCUCACUCCUUUGACUCAGCCGCCAUAGAGGUGCCACCAGACGCUUUUUACUAUGCCUGAUGACAUUGUAGACUGGUUACAAAUCAAGAUAAGUUGUUUAGGAAAAAAAUACUCCCUUUUCAGUACAAAGAAUUCUAGGAAGUCUUGGAGGUUGCUGGGAGAAAGAAACCAGAAUUAUUUCCUAGAAACGGAGUGGAAAAGUCUUUGGAGAAGUUUUUGGGGGCCUAGCUGGCACGUGGGAUCCACUCUGCUCUCCAGGAAGCGUAUGCCAUCUUCUAGUUCGCAUUUCUGCACAAGGCAGUGGCAGGUGGCCCGAAGAGUGAGUGGGAAGCAAUAAUCAGCUCUCCAAGUAACAGCAUUUUCAUUUGCUAAAUGUUAUGUUAAUGUUCUCCAAACUGACGGUAGAAUUAUACAAACUUAGGCUGGAAAUAUGCAUACUGUUCAUAUUACGUUUUCAGACUUCUGAUAAAAUGUAGGUAAAUAAUAUCAAAAAGUAUCUUAAAAAUUACACAGUAAAUUUUGUAUAGAACAAAUAUGUGUACAACUUACAACAUUUACAUUGGAACAAUUUUAUUAGCUACAUCAGAAAAAUGCCUGCAUGAAUAUAGUAGCAUAAAAACAGUUGCUUUUGCAUUUAACUUGCAAAGAAAUGGAAGCAACAGCAUUUUAAAAAGAGCAUGGGUUUAUGUGCUUUAUCUGGAUAAGUAGUGGCAUUUUCUAACUGCUUGCCUCUCGGGCACAUAAGUCAUCAUGGUACAUUCUUACUAAUAGACUUUGAACUUCUUUCUCUGUCCUUUUCUUCUGGGCCGUAUAU